AAAAACCUUCAUUUUCUAUCACUUAUAUCUCAAAAAUUAUUGGUGUCUCGCCAUUUUUACUGAAGAAAAAUCAACUCCAAAUAAUCUUAGGAAUCUCCCAUAAACAGAUGAUUCGCAAAUUUCAAAAUAUCCUGCAUAAUACAAUAUAUUCUCGUGAGUUUUAAUUUCAAUUGAACCGUGUCUUUCGCGUUGGACAAUUAAUAUAAGAGAAAAAAAUGCAAAAAAAUAAAAAUCGCAAUUUCCAAAUUGUAAACGUGAAUCAUCCGGAAGGAAUAGAUAUGGUUGUUAAAUUAAUGGCUAAGCGGUCCGUAGAUUUGAUAGAAAUUGAUGGCGAUCAUGUAGUAGACCAAAGGAAUAACCACUGCACUAUAGCGAAUAGACAGUUUAUCUGCGUAUAAGUCUGUAAUAGAUACGAGAGGACACUAGGGGAGUAAUGAGUAGGUAGGUGACUGUCAGUUGCAUCGGAGUUCCGUGUGAUCGACGAACGUUGCUACAUACGAUUAUCAUGUCACGUUCCAUGCUGCUGCUGAUCCUGCUGGGUAUACUAUUGCUCAAUUGCCAAGAGACACUUGGUCGAAGAGGACGGACCAGAGGUAGAAGCAAGUCUCGCAUGCAAAUUGGAUUGCCUAUUACCGGAAAGUACCGUGAUCCGGAAAGUGAUCAGUAUUACAACAAUAACAACGGAGCCAAGAUAUUACUGGCGUCGCACUUCGAUCUGGAAUAUGUUCUGGGACACAAAAUAGCUUUCCUCUGCGUCGCUCGCGGUAAUCCACGUCCGCACAUCACGUGGUUCAAGGAUGGCGCCGAGAUUUACACGCAUCACUAUCUACAUAUACAUGAGUGGCAAUUAGAAGGUGACAAAGUGAAAUCGAAGCUCGAGAUCGAUCCUGCAACUCAGAUGGACGCCGGGGUUUACGAGUGCACGGCGGACAAUAUGUACAGCAUCGAUCGAAGGUCUUUCAAGACUGACUUCUCCAUCGCUUUCGAUUAGUGCGAGAGAUCCGAAACAAUACGUAAACUAGGUAAAACACGUAUAAAUCCCAGGUAACGUGUAAAGUUUUUAUAAUAGACACUGAAAUGGUAGAUUCUAAGAAAAUGGCUCAGAUAUGUAUUGUUAUUGUAACUUAUACUGAGAUGGAAAACUAAAUCGUCCUGAUUAAAAAUAAAACAAAAAUUCUUAUUAAUCCCAGUCGCGAGAAACGCAGUCUUAGAUAAUCGCGAUAUCUUUUCUAGAAUAAAUUGCUUCCUUCUAAAGUAGAAUUAUGAGUCAAUGCAAUCAUAGUCAAUUGAAAAUAUAGAAGAUUGAUAUAUA